AUGGUAUCAGAACCGCGACGCAGCUCUUACGUCGCCGCUUUCUCCGGCGCCGACGAGGUUAAUCAAGGAGCACAGAACGUCACUCCGAUCACUUCGAUCGUCCGAUCGCCAGCUCGCACAACUGCAGAGUCGAUUUCGCAGAUGAAUCAAACGCAGAGAAAUGUGAACACAAAGGAGCUAGAUAAUCUAAUGUUUAUCGGUUUUAACGAUAAUCCGUCAGCCGCGUUGGUUAGUUCGCCGAUGCUAGGAAGCUCAAACUAUGGCACAUGGAGCAUUUCUAUGCGGAUCGCUCUUGAAAUUAAGAACAAAUUAAGUUUCAUUGACGGCAGUGUUGUAGCUCCGAAUAGGGACAGCACUCGAUAUUCAGCAUGGAGACGCUGCAAUUUAAUGAUUUGCUCCUGGCUGUUCAAGUUCGUGCAUCCUUCGAUUGCACAAAGCAUAAUGCAUUUCGACCAAAGCAGAGAUAUCUGGGAGGAUCUGCGAAGGAGAUUUGCUCAGUGUGAUGCUCAACGAAUUUCUAUAUUGCAAAGUGAAAUCUACAACCAGAAGCAAGGACUUCUCUCUGUUAGUGAAUACUACACCAAGUGCAGGACAUUAUGGGAGGAGAUGAACACUUUGAGGCCUCUCCCGAUUUGUAGAUGCGAUCCACGAUGUGCGUGUGAGCUAGUGGACGAAAUCAGAAAAGAGAGAGAUAUUGAUCAGGGAGUGAAGCGUAUGUUCAAGAUUUCGUCGCCAUUCUUGGACCCCAAUAGCUUUCUCGGUGACUCCAUUUAUCCCGGCGAAGGCGGCAGAAGUAGACUGGCGGAGCAGAGCAGCGAAUCCGGUGGUGGGGUGUGA